AUGGAUAAACGUGGACUUUUCCCCAUGUAUCGCAGUCUCUCUCUGUUAUUCCUCUUCUCCGUAACUGCAACGCUUCUUAUUCCGAGUCGAAGUGAUGCCAAAGUUAACACUUCGGUUUUUGAGAGUAAACGGCACUCAAACAGCGGUUUAACAACAGUUAAAGUUAUGGACAAAGCCAGAAACAGACGCCAUCUUGUCAGAUAUGCCGACCUGAACUGCAGUGCUGAUGGAAAAAUGAAACGGCUCGUUCAUGCACUCAUAGCAGCUCAACAUCGUCAUCUCCAGUAUUAUCGCCCUUACCAACAAAUUCGUCAUCACAACCAUUGCCAUCUCCACGACGAACACCAAUUUCAUCAAUAUUUCCAGAGUGACCCAUAUAUUGAAGCAUUCUUAACAAAUCAUGGAGCUCUUGCACAGAAAAGAUACAAAUUUUCAGAAGUUAAGAAAAUGACUAAUUCAUUCAGAGUUAAACUUGGUGAAGGUGGUUUUGGAUCAGUGUACGAAGGAAAGAUACACAACGGUUGCCAUGUGGCUGUAAAAUUACUGAAUGCAUCCAAAAGAAAUGGUGAAGAAUUUAUCAAUGAGGUUGCUACCAUAAGUAGAACAUCUCAUGUUAACAUUGUCUCACUACUUGGAUUUUGUCUGGAAGGUCGCAAAAAAGCUCUCAUCUAUGAGUUUAUGGCUAAUGGUUCUUUGGACAAGUUUAUCUACAAAAGAGGGUCAACAAUUGCAUCUUUGAGCUGGGAGAAUUUAUAUCAAAUUUCAAUAGGGAUAGCUCGAGGGUUGGAGUACUUGCAUAGGGGCUGUAAAACUAAAAUUUUACAUUUUGACAUAAAGCCACAUAAUAUUCUUUUAGAUGAGAAUUUCUGUCCCAAAAUAUCAGAUUUUGGGCUAGCAAAGCUAUGUCCCAGGAAAGAAAGCAUUGUUUCUAUAUCUGAUACUAGAGGGACAAUGGGGUAUGUAGCUCCAGAAAUGAUAAAUAGACAUUUUGGUGGAGUUUCGCACAAGUCCGAUGUUUAUAGUUAUGGAAUGAUGCUGCUAGAAAUGGUAGGAGGGAGGAAGAACAUCAAUGCUGAAGCUAGUCAUACAAGUGAGAUAUACUUUCCACAUUUGGUAUACAGGAGACUUGAGUUGGAUGAUGAUGUUAGACCGGAUGAGGCGAUGAAUACAGAAGAAAAUGAGAUUGCAAAGAGAAUGACUGUAGUGGGUUUAUGGUGCAUUCAAACAUUACCAAAUGAUAGACCUACAAUGAGUAGAGUAGUAGAAAUGUUGGAAGAUAACAUGAAUUCCUUGGAAAUGCCUCCAAAACCUUUGUUUUCUUCUCCUAGUAGAUCAAUAACGGAAUCUUACUCUUGA